GAGAACGUCUGUCAACAAAGACAAACUAUCCUCAGCCACCCGUUUCGCAUACAAAAAUAUCGUCAAAUAUCAUUCGUGACAAUGCCGGCCGCCGAACAAACGUCUGCUGAUGCCCGCCGAAAGGCCGCUCGGGAGGUCAUCGACAUUCUCCAUGAAAUAGCAACACUGCUGAACACGCAUCUUGAUCGCCAACAACUCUCCUACUGCGUAUCACUGAUUGAGAACGGCGCAAAUCCAGAGGCUUUAGCGAAAGUCAUACUGCAGCUGCGCGAGGAAUAUCCCGCAAGUUCCGUUGAUGGAGAUGCAGAGGCAGGUGCAGCCGCGCGCUGAAGUGAUAGGAGUUCCGGAGUCCGAAAAUCACCGUGGUCUUACCUUUCACGAGCGGUUACUUUUACGGGGGCUUUUUCUGGCUUGUGAGAUUAUGUAUGGGCAUGACGAGUGCGACAAGAGGAAUGACUUGGUGAUAGUAGCCUUGUCCUGUCGUGUAAUCGAGGCCUGGAACGUUAUCAGUGCGAAGGGCCGAUCACCCAAAGACUAUUGGCAACAAUCUCUUAGCCCUUCG